GGGUGCGGGAAGCCGCUGCGCGUUAUCAUGGAGUUAAUGCAGGAAGCGCGGGAACUGGGUUGCUGGGCGACGGAAGAGAUGGGGGCGCCCGUCGCAGCCCAAGCCCCGGAGUCGACGCUGCGCAGACUGUGUCUGGGCCAGGGGGCCGACAUCUGGGCCUAUGUUUUGCGGCAUGUGCACAGCCAGAGGAGUGUCAAGAAGAUCCGGGGAAACCUACUCUGGUAUGGCCACCAGGACAGUCCAGAGGCCCGUCGGAAGCUGGAGCUGGAAGCCACUGUUGCUCGCCUGCGGGCAGAGAUCCAGGAGUUAGACCAGAGCCUGGAGCUGAUGGAGCAAGAGACCGAGGCUCAGGACAUGGCCCUGGAGCAAGCCCUUCAGAGCAUUCAAGACACCCAGCGCCGUGCUCUCCUCCUCCGGGCCCAAGCUGGGGCCAUGCAAAGACAGCAGCGUGGGCUGCAAGAUCCCAUGCAGCAGCUGCAGAAUCAGCUGAGGCGUCUGCAGGACAUAGAGAGGAGGGCCAAAGUAGAAAUAACCUUCGGACCCUUGACAUCCGCAGCCCUGGGCCUGGAGCCUGUGGUCCUGGGUGAUGUCCGAACAGCCUGCACCCUCCGGACCCAGUUCUUGCAGAAACUCCUAAUUCCUCAGGCCAAGGGAGGCAGCAUCCCAACCCCUCGAGAUGACUACUUUGGAGCUUCCUACCAGCACUGGCUUAGCUCAGUGGAGACACUGCUGACAAACCACCCUCCGGGCCACGUCCUGGCCUCCUUGGAGCACUUGGCUGCAGAGCGGGAGGCAGAGAUUCGGUCCCUGUGCAGUCCGGAUGGGCUCCGAGAUACGGAGAUAGCCAGGUCCCAGACACCAGACCAGUCAGACUCCAGCCAGCCCCUGCCAUCCAUGGUGCAUCUCAUCCAGGAGGGCUGGAGGGCCGUGGGUGUGCUGGUUGCCCAGCGGGGACCCCUUCUGAAGGAGCAUCAAAUCCUGACCCGGCGCCUCCAAGGCCUGAUGGAGGAGGUGAAGAAAUGUGCGCUGGGAUCCAGCGAGAGGCAGGCCUUGAUGCUGGGGCUCCGGGGCUGUGGCCUGUGGGCAGAGCUCAAGGCCCUGCGUGCCCAGAGCCAGGAGCUGGAGGAGGUGGCUGGGCGGCGGCAGCUUAUGCUGCAGGAGCUACAGGCCAAACAGCAACGGAUCCUGCACUGGCGCCAGCUGGUGGAGGAGACACAGGAACAGGUCCGCCUUCUCAUCAAGGGCAACUCAGCCAGCAAGACACGCCUGUGCCGGAGCCCUGCAGAGGUGCUGGCUCUGGUUCAGCGAAAACUGGUCCCCACAUCUGAGGCGGUGGCACCACAGAGCCAGGAGCUGCUUCGCUGUCUAGAGGAGGAAGCCCGGCAUCUGCCCCACCUUCUGUUGGGCACCCUGCUUCGGCACAGCCCCGGAGGAUUGCAGCCCCUGCCUACGGUCCUGCCGUCCAUCCACCAGCUGCAUCCUGCAUCCCCGAGGGGCUCCAGCCUCAUAGUGCUGAGCCACACACUGGGGCUGCCUGCAGGAAAGGCUCCGGAACUGCUCCUCCCAAAGGCCGCCUCUCUUCGUCAGGACCUUCUAUUCCUCCAGGACCAGCGGAGUCUCCGGUGCUGGGAUCUGCGCCACGUGAAGACCAGCCUGCCACCAGGACCAUCCACCCAAGAGCUGCUGCAGAUCCGGGCAUCCUGGGAGAAGGAGCAGAAAGACAAUCUGGGGCAGGCUCUGAAGCAGCUGGAGAACCUGCUGAAAAAAGCACUGGAGCGAAUCCCCAAGCUACAGGGGGUUGUGGAGGACUGGUGGGAGCAGCCAGGCCAAGCCGCCCUGUCUGAGGAGCUCUGCCAGGGCCUGUCCCUGCCCCAGUGGCGGCUGCGCUGGGUCCAGGCCCAAGGUGCCCUGCAGCAGCUGUGCAGAUGA